AAGCGCCAGCAAAAAUUGCUAGAAGAGCGACUGAGAGAUAUUCACAACAUGGAGGAACUAGGAUCUAGUAACAGCUGUUUUCUAGACCAUUGUUACCUGAUGCACCAUGAUCAGGUCUGCAAUUGCCACCAGGGAAGCCAUGAAAAUGUUGACAAGAUGGAGAACAAUGAGGGUGCAGACUCCUCUCUGGGAAGCGGAGGGACCACAUGUCUUGCUCAGAGCCCUCAGUCAUCUGGGACAUAUGAGAACUGCAAUGGAUUUGGUACAGUCCCUCGUUGCAUUAGCCCAGACACACACACCUCG